UAGCAAAGUAUAGUGGCAGCCUAGGUGGGGAUGAUCAUCAUCUAUAGCUGUACUAUUUUCUGGAUUUCAUAACCAAUCAUGUGAUAAGUGAUUUAAUUAAGCCUGGGUCUAAUGGAAUCUGUUUUCCACUAAAAAAACUAUUUAGCUCUUCCACUGCCUUAUGACUUGUGCAGCUCUUGGCGAAAGAGCGAAGCCCCGGAGCUCCGAUGACGACCACCUCCACCAGUUCGUCUACUCCGGCUUCGCCGGCAGCAACCUCAUCAUCGACGACGCAGCUUCCGUCACAGCGAGCGGCCUCGUCGAGCUCACCAAUGGCACGCUUCGGCUCAAAGGCCACGCUAUCUACCCGACCCCGGUGCGCUUCCGCGACGGCGGCACCGUGCGGUCCUUCUCGUCCUCCUUCGUGUUCGGCAUCCUCUCCGCCUACCCCGACGUCAGCGCCAACGGCAUCGCGCUCUUCGUCGCCGCGAGCAAGGACUUCUCGGCCGCGAUGGCGGCGCAGUACCUCGGCCUCCUCAGCAGCAACAACAACGGCAACGCGACCAACCGCGUCUUCGCGAUCGAGCUCGACACCAUGCAGAACAACGAGUUCAAGGACAUCAGCGACAACCAUGUCGGGAUCGACAUCAACAGCCUCAUCUCGAUGAACUCUACCAACGCCGGCUACUACGACGGCAACGGCGACUUCCACAGCCUGACGCUGAUCAGCCACGAGGCGAUGCAAGUGUGGGUCGACUACGACGGCGAGACCAAGAAGAUCAACGUAACCUUGGCUCCCCUCAAAAUGAGCAAACCUGUCAGGCCGCUUCUCUCGGUAACAUACGACCUCUCAACGGUGAUCCCAGACAUGGCAUACAUUGGCUUCUCAUCGGCUACAGGCUUAGUGAACUCGAGACACUAUGUUCUCGGAUGGAGCUUUGCCAUGGAUGGGCCUGCGCCGGCCAUCGACAUCGCGAAGCUGCCCAAGCUGCCCCGUGAGUUCCCAAAGCCAAGAUCCAAGGUCAUGGAAAUCAUCCUGCCAAUAGCCACUGCAGCGCUAGUCCUCUUUGUGGGCACAACUCUUGUUCUACUUAGGAGAAGCCAGCUGAGAUACACUGAGCUCAAGGAAGAUUGGGAGGUCGAGUUUGGGCCGCACCGGUUCUCGUACAAAGAUUUGUUUCGUGCCACGGAAGGUUUUAAGAACAAGAACCUAUUGGGAGUAGGAGGGUUCGGCAAAGUGUACAAAGGAGUUCUUCCCGUGUCUAAAUGUGAGAUCGCCGUGAAGAGGGUGUCACACAACUCAAAGCAGGGCAUGAAGGAAUUUGUCGCCGAGAUUGUUAGCAUCGGGCGCAUGCAACAUCCUAACCUUGUUCAGUUACUCGGUUAUUGCCGACGAAAAGGUGAACUACUUUUGGUGUAUGAGUACAUGAAGAACGGGAGCCUUGACAAGUACUUGUAUUGUCAAGAUAACAAGCCCACUCUAAAUUGGGUUCGGAGGCUUGGUAUCAUCAAAGGAAUUGCAUCCGGCUUGCUCUACCUCCAUGAGGAAUGGGAGAAAGUUGUCGUCCACCGGGACAUCAAGGCGAGCAAUGUGUUGCUUGACAAUGGAAUGAACGGUCGUUUAGGUGACUUUGGGCUUGCAAUGCUGUAUGACCACAGUGCCAACCCCCAAACCUCACAUGUGGUCGGCACCAUAGGAUACCUCGCCCCUGAGAUUGGUCGUACCAGUAAGGCAACUACACUCACCGACAUAUUUGCCUUCGGCAUAUUUGUUCUUGAGGUCACUUGUGGGCAAAAGCCCAUCAUGCAAGAUUCAGAAGACAACAACAUCAUGUUGGUAGACUGGGUGGUCGAGCAUUGGAACAAAGGAUCGCUAAUUGAGACAAUGGAUACCAAGCUCCAGGGUGACUACAAUGUUGAUGAGGCAUGUGUAGCGCUGAAGGUAGGUUUGUUAUGCUCACACCCCUUACCUGAAGCAAGACCUAGUAUGCGGCAAGUCUUGCAGUACCUCAAUGGUGAAACGCCUGUGCCAGAGCUGGUUCCGGCACAACUAAGUUUCCAAAUGUUGGCGGUGAUGCAGAACCAAGGGUUCGACUCGUACAUCAUGUCGUAUCCUUCGUCAGUGGAGAGCAUCCAGAGCAUUUCCAGCCUUGUGCAAGAAAAAUAAGAGGCAUUUUAACAUAGAGUUUACCUUUUU